AUGGGCCAGCGUCUUAGUCAAAUGGUCAAUGAGAGCACGGACAAGGAAAGUCGAGAGGCUUUAAAAUUUCUCCAUACAAUGGUUGUUUCGAAAAUGAAAAGCUUUGAGCAUGAGCUUUUAAACCCUUCUUCCAACAACCAUAUGGUUCGCAUCGGGACGAUAGUUGAUAGAGUCGAGGACAUUCAUGUGAAUGCUUCGGUUGAUUCUGAGAAAUUAAGCAAACAAAUAAAUAAAACAUUGGAUACCUUGUUUAGUGGAGAUAUUGGCGCAGCACUAAAAAUGGCCGUGUUGACGACUGUGAAAACGUUUAUCGGGCGUUCAGAAGUAGGUGACUCGCAUUUCCGCGACUACCACGUCUUUGUGCAGGACAACGCACUGGUUCGACUAGACGUCAUGCUAUACAAAUACAACUUUUCGUCGGAAAAUGUGUUACGCAAUGUAAACUCGGUAAAUGCGUAUUUAUUUUAUAAAUCUAUUAUAAAUCACGAUGAAGUUUCCCGGGACUUGAUGGUUUACGAAAUUACACGCUUUGUUAGCGGCUACUUAAAAGCCGCCGUGUACGAAAGUUCGAAAACUGAGCAGGAAGAAAUUGACGAGGAAGUUGCAAAGUAUCUCCAAAGGCUUCACAGUCUUUACAGACUUUUCGAUAACGAUAGCAGUAGCAAUACGCCUCAACUAUUAAAGUGGUAA